ACGCAGAAAAAUUGCGUUUAGCAGUUGAUUUUAUCAGCGUUUCAAACACAAAACACUUGUAAAUGCUUGUAAACGCAGCAAAUAGACUCUUCCAGCUCCCAAUGCUGUCCAGUACCUUUUUUAUCAUGAAAAAUGCAUGCAAAGUGAUUUCAAGGUACUCAGAUGGACAAAACACUGAACACAGGAUGUUCCCACCAAGCUUGUCACACAUUGUAAUGACCAUUUACACCUCAGACCUCUCCCAUCCCUUGGAAACAAAAGAUACGAUAUGUUAAUGACCAUUCACACCUCAAAUUCCUCAUGA